AUGGAGCUCAUUCUCAAUGCUUCACAAUCCGAUAAAACCGAACGGUCCUUUGUGAAUGCCAUUCGAUACGACGUCCAUGAAGCUGAUACGCUUGAAGCCGAGGAAAGGCGUGAUGCUGCUCGUCAGCGUUAUCAACGUUCUUACUGGGAGUCUGUACCAGAGGAUGGUCGGGAACCCAUUCUACCCGGGUCGUUGGAACAUGCUAAAGCUGCGGCGAAGCGCUAUGUUGAACGAGGAGACAAGUUGAAGGCCUCACCAAGGCUUAUGCCCAGGAUACCAGAUACUGAAUACCUCAAGCGGCCCAAGGAACCUGUUCAGAUCUUCGAGAAACCUGGACGGCCUGCGUUCAAGUUUGUAGAUGUCGGAGCCAAGUUUAUGGAUGUGGAUGAGCGUAUCCAUAGAAUGACGACCGCUGGGCGUAAUUCCAAGCGCCGACUGCAAAGGUCUGUGCAGAAGGAGGAGUCGCGGAAGGUUGCGGACGCCAACUAG